UGCUCCGUGGGGGUAUAACCUGGGCGGUUGUGGAAAUAAGGCGUUUUUCUGCCGGUAGGGAAGGGGGAGAGAGGCCGCGAGUACAAGAGCCCCCUCUCCUGGCCCCCCCGAAGCCGGCCGAGCAGGGCGGGCAGCAGGCUCCGUGCGGGGCUGGUGCGGUGCUCUUCUCUCGGAAAUUUCCUGGUAGCAGCAGCACACUGCCGCUGUUUGAGGGUGGCCAGUUUCCUCCGGAAAGCAUGCAUUUCCUGGCUGCUCACUGACAAUAACGAGAACAAGCUUUUCUCUCUGCCAGACCCGACAAACAGCGGGAGCUGGGAUUGACAAACCCUGAAGGAAAGAGGAGAGAAUCCUGAAGCAGUAACAGACCGUUUGCUCCCAGGCUCUGUCGAAGGGGACUGCUUCCACAUCGGUGCUGUUCCCAGUGAGACCAUGGAAGGAAAAGAGACAUCUCCAAGUUCUGACCUGAACAUCUUGGAUCUGCCCUCUGUUUGUGACCUAGCUGAGCACUUCAUGCCUCCACACAGCUCUGAAGAGAACAAAGAACUUUUUUGUUCUGUGGAUACUUUUCCCUCUCCACCCACAGGACAGAACAAUCUACCCUCUGCAGUUCCUGCGAGCUUUUCUGCUGGAGGCUCUGAGAAAGCAAAUGAGAGAUGUUAUCCAAAAGCAGGGCUGUGUGAGCCCACUGAACCUAAUGAUGCUGCUCUCCCAUGGAUGUAUGAACAUGACAGUGUGAAAGAUAACAGCGUCAGGGAAUCUCUUGAUGGCUUCUACAAAAUGUAUUGCAAAAAACGGCCAGACAGAUUGGAUUCCACCUACGAGGCUGCAUCACAAUGUCUGUCCCAGAAGAUUUCAGAGCUAGCCAACCAGGAUGGAAAAAAAUACGUGUUGCGUUGCCUGCAAAUGGCCCAGGUGGUCUUGAACAGAGAUGGGUGUAAGAUCUUUCCAAACCACCCCACUACUGCUUGUUUUUCAAAGCCAGCUGAGGGAGAAGUUGUCUUGGAACACAGAAAGACAACACCUGGACUCUCAGAUGAUGUCCUGCAAUUUCUCUUGAAACAGACAUGGACAGAACAUAGCCCAGAUGUACCACAUAUGAAAUGAGCAGGAUGUGGGGGUUUUUCUGUCAUUGGAGCUUGGCUUUCCUUCCAAAAAGAGGUGACUUUCUUGGAAAGACACUCAGCAUCAACUUCAACACCACAUAGUCCAUGGAGGAAUUCAUUUGGAGCAGACCUUGCCACCUUGUCCUCUGCACCACAGAAGGAGCAUUUGUAGUCCUAAUGUAACUGCUUGGGACUUGUUGACUAAUUGGGAUGGGGUAAUGGGUGAUACAGUGUUUGUUUCUGGGACAUUAAAUAUGAUGAUUUCUACA